GCGCAUGCGCUGUGAGUCUCCCCCUCACAGCCGACCACUGGUAGUGGCUAGAGCCCCGUACAAAACUAGCUGUCCCCAAUAGCGCAUGUCAAAACUGACGCGGACAUCAUCCGUAUCUCUUUAAAUCGUGUUUUGUUCUGUCUCAACAAUUGAUUUGGUUACCACUAGAUGGCAAUACAGUAAACAACGGCAAAAAAGCAACAAGCGAGAAUUUUCGGCGCGUUUUGCUAAUUUAUGAUACAAAAAAGUUACUUGUGAAUACGAAGAACGAGAACGACAGAAAAGGACGAAACUGUAGGACACACUAAGGAGUAUACUACUAACUUAUUGUAUUUAUCGUGCGUGAAUGUGUUGGUUCGUACCGUAACACUCAGCAACAGCGGGGCGGAAGCUGAAAAACUAAACCACAGGGAACGCCGCUUCACGUCAAAAUGUUUAAAGAUGCGGUGUGGGCGUUUUGCGUGCUGUUCGUCGCACGCCAGGCGUCCGCUGGCCACGGCGAUGGCGGCGGCAGAUGGCAUCAGCAGCAGCACGUGCCGCCGGUGAAGUAUGUCGUCAAGCACGUGCAUAAACCCGUUCCAGUAGCAAAACACGUCCCAGUUCCUCAUUACGUGCCUGUCCCGAAGUACAUCCCGAUCUUCAAGCCAUGGGCUUAUGUUAAGCCUGUUCCAAAGCACUACACCGUCUAUCAAAACCAUAAUAUACCAAUUCCCGUGCCGAUGUUUAAAUUCUACAAUCAUCAUACUGCCAUACCAAUACCCAAGCCAGUCCCAAUGCCUAUCCCUAUCAAGAUUCCCAAGCCAGUGAUCGUACCGGUUCCGAGGCCCGUCUACCACAAAAAAGAGAUACCAUUCCCAGUUCACGUUCCGGUUCCAAAACCAGUUGUCAUUCCGGUCUACAAACACGUGCCCGUACCAAUUCCGAAGCCGAUUCAUAAAGUCGUCAAGAUCAUAAAGGAAGUGCCUGUGUAUAUCAAAAAACCCGUGCCAGUAUUCAUUGAAGAAAAACAUCAGCAUAAAGGAGGCUGGAACACAGCCGCUUCGGAGCACAAUCCGGCAAUCAUAGCCCAGGUAGAGGCCGGUGGCAGGGGUAUCGGCAAUAGCAUCCACGAUAGGACGCAUGGAAAUGCUCACGCAAUAGCGGCCGCUGCGGCGUUCGCAGCUCACGCACACGGAAUAGGGGUGCCGUUUGCGGACGCCGGACACGGCGGCGCUCAUGGCCAUGGACACGCAGUAGUUCACGGUGGGGGCUUUUCUGCGCAAGAUGCAGUUCACAUGGCUAUGGUUCCUCAUCUCACACACAACUCGUUUGGUAGCGGCCACGCCACACACGAAGGCGGUUAUGGAAGUGGGCAUGGGCACGGAGAUGAAGCCGGCUAUCAUGCGAGUCACCCUAGCGAUUUUGGGCCCGUUGGAGAUCAUGUUAUAGCUGCGGCUGCCGUUGACGGCUUCGGAAGUAAUGGCGCUCAUACCAUGAGCAAGAACAGUCUUGGCGGGGGUGGAGGCGCAAAUGGACACGAUCAACACGUGCGCGGUGCACAAGGUUCUCGGGCCGCAGCUUCUUCUACCAAUUUCCGUAGUUAUCAACAGUCUGAACAAUACCAGCACCAACGGGUUCAACAGCAAAAUCAUCAAAUCCACCAUAAUCAUCAGGCGUUUCAUCACGGCCAACCAGCAGCUGCUGCGACGGCAGCAGUAGCGGCUAGCGACGGCAAGGCCGCAGGAUACCAGGUUGUUGCUCAGGUCGAUAUUGACCUUUCGGAGAAAAAUAGGCAAGCUCCACAAUCAAAGACAACGCUUCAUCAUUAGAUAUAAAACUAAUCAACCUUAUGCAGCAAAAGUGGAAAUGAGAAAUAGGGAGUAACAGUAUAGCAUCGAAGAAUGUACUAACUUUCUUGACAGCUCUGUUGUCUCUCGUUGUCUGAGCUAUUGCAAUUAUGGUACGACUUGAAAAGAAAUAUCGUCGGGAACUUAGUUGGUGAUAGACGACAUAUUCAUGUUUGUUCGAUACGUUUACGUUUUGUACCGUUGCUUUAACUUCCAUUUGACGAGGCGACGACCACCUGACCUCGUCGUUAUAGCACAAUACAUUGAUAUAAGUAUUAUCAUUUUUUAUUAUUAGCUGGUAAAGAGAAUGUUCGACCAAACUGGUUAUGGCCCUUGGUCGGCGUUCAUAAGCGAGACAAAAAAAAAAAAAAUACGAGGUGAAACAAUGAAGACAAGUGCUAUGAUAAGAGUGAAAAUUGGUAUGGGUAUCGGUUAGGCUGGAAGGUUAUGCCUCUUCUGGGCAUCUAUCUCAUUGUUUUGAUUGCCAUACAAAGUCAUCGGUUUUCAUCAUAUCAUAAUGACAUUCAUAUUACGAUCAUUACGAUACAACGCACGCUGCAUAUCCUACCGCUGACUUUCCAAUCAUGCGCCCAUCCAUAAACCGUAUCACAUCGUUACCAUUUACUCAAGGUAUGAAGCCUUUUGAAUCGAUUUGCUGAGUCGUAAGCCAUCUAGAGAAGAACAACAACCUGUUACAGAAAGAA